AUGGCCUCCACAACGUCUACUAAUGUUAAUGAGCUUCUACCCGGUCUUGAAUCAUUUCUUCGUUCAAUGUUAAACAGUACACAUUUAGAUCGUGAUCACCAAGAAAUUGCUGCUAUGUAUGUUAGUAAACUUGAUCAAUUAACUAAACAAACAAAUCAACAACAAAUAUCUACUAUUGAUGAUCAAUCAUUAAUUAAUACAGAUAUUGUAUCUGAAGAUGAAAGUGAUGAUUUUACUGAUGAAGAAGAAGAACAACGUAAGAAAGAUCUUGAAGAACAACAACAUCAACAACAACAAUCGACACCAACUACUUCAAGACGUUCAUCAGUUAGUGAUAAUCAAUUAUAUCAUACUACAAGACGUAAAUCAAGUGAUGGUAAUAGUCAAUGGUAUAUAGAUAUGCCAAAAAAUGCUUAUUUAGAAGCAUUACCAACGCAAUCAUCAAAUGGACUUAAUGCUAGUUUAUCAUCAAAAGCACCAAGUCGAUCAUCAAUUUCAACACCAUCAUCUUCUAUUAUAGCUGAUGGUCUUUUAUUAACAUAUGAUGAAAAUCAUAAUUGGAUAUGGCGUUAUUAUGUUCUUGAUGAUUUUGAUUUAAUCUGUUUCCCAGCUGAUAAAAAAUCUUCAUCAACAAAUCACAUACAAUCAGAUAAUGAUUCUUCACCAUUAUGGGUAUCUGAUAUGACAAAUGCUAAAGUUCAUACAACUAUUAUAGAUAAAGUUGAAUGUUUAUGUCUACAAAUUGGUCUUGCCGAAGCAAUUUAUGUUCGACCAUCUGAUCCAAAUCAAAUGAAUAUAUGGCUUAAAGCAUUUCGAGAUGCAGCAUCAUCACAAAAAUCAAAAGAUAAUUCAAAAAGUCGAAGUAAUGUGAAAACACUCUCACGUAAUGCUCGUCGUAUGUUCGCGCAAUUUAAUCGUAAGAAAGGUCAAAUUGUUUCACAUUUACUGGAUCAAAUGGCUAAUGUAACAGGUGUUGAUGACAAAACACGAAAACAUUGUGAAUUACGAGGUUUUCUCGUUAUAUCUCUUGAUAAUAUAACAUUUGUUACAAAAUAUUGUACAAUAGUUGAUGGAAUAUUUCGUAUACAUAAAUCACGUUUAAGUGAACAAACUGAACAUGAAUUAUAUUUAAACCGUUGUAAAUUAUCAUUUCCAGAAGAACGUACACGUGAUAUACAAUUUGCCUUAAUUGAUGAACAAGUUCAAACAAUAUUUAUUCGAGGAAAUAAUAUUUAUAGUAUGGGAAGAUUAUUAAAUACAUUAGCUAAAUAUGUUGAAAUAAUGGGUAGUUCACAAUAUGUUUUUACAUCAGGUGGAAGUGAACGAUCAACUCCAUUAAUUAAACAUCGACAAUCAACAUCUAAUUCAUCUCAACCACAUAUUUAUUCUGAUGUUGAUGCUUCAUCAUCAGCUAUUAAUAUGGCUCAAUCAAAUGAAAUUUAUUCUUCAUCAAGUAUAAAAUCAAUUCCUGCUAAUCACCAUUCAAUAUCAAAUGUAAAAACAACUAUUUAUCAUAAUGCAUCAAAAUUACAUGAUAAUGAUUCUGAUGAUCGAGCAUUUAUUUUACCAACACGUCGAUUAAUAAAUGAUACAAAUAAUACAUCUACUCAACAAAAUAUAACAUGUACAAAUGAAACAUAUGAUAGACCAAAAUCAUUUGAUAAUAUUGCAUUAAUUUCAACAUCAAUCGAUCGAAAUAAUAAUCAUGUUUUUGUACCACCACAACGAAAUGAUAAAACUAAAAAUGAAGAUAAAAAUAAUUAUUCAAAAUCUCAUUCAUCACCAAAAACUAUUCCAUAUUCUAAUCGUUCAAAAUCAAAAUUAUCUCAUUCAAAUACUUCAUAUGAUCCACCAUCAUCUCCUGAAAAUACAGUUUUUUGUUUACGUUCAUCAGAUUCAUCAUCAUCUCAUCAUCGAAAUUCUCGUCGUCGUCCUAAUCCAUUACCACGUCGUACAUCAACACAAACAACACCAACUGAUUAUGUUAAUAAACUUGCUAAUCUAUUUACAAAAGGUUUUUCUACACCGUCAACAUCAACAUCAGUAUCAACCUCAAAUGAACAUCAUAUUGGUACACAAACCUAUGAUACAAUCUCAUCUCAAUUACCAUCUCAUUUAAAUACAAAUUAUAUUCAAUCAUCAAUGACAACUGAUAAUAUACGUCCUAUCUAUAAAGAACAUUCAAUGCCUAAAUGUGUUUAUGAUAUUCCGAUAACAAUUGAACGUCCAACAAAACGUGCAAUUACAUCAUUUGAUCAAUAUCAAAAACCAAAUAUACGAAAUUCUCGAAGUAAUGAACCAAUAUCAUCAUAUCAAUCAAAUAAUUACCAAAAUAAAGAACAAAAAGAAAUAGAAAAUGAAGAAGAAGAAGAAACACCUUAUGCUCAAGGUUAUGAUAAUUUAGCAAAAAAUGAUGGUAUUGGAAAAUUUCGUUUUGUUGUUCCAUUUAAUCAUAGUCCAACAUCUGCUUUUAUAUCAUCAAAAUCAACAAUAAAACCAAUAAAUUCACCAGUAAGUUCAUCAUCAUCAACAAUGAGUUCUUAUUCAACAAUACGUCAAGCAUCAUUAUCAUCAAAUAAAAAUUCAACCAUUCAAUUUAUUUUGUUAUUCAGUCGACAAGGUAAACUUCGUCUUCAAAAAUGGUAUACAUCACAAACGGAAAAAUCAAAGAAAAAAAUAACACGUGAAUUAGUCGCAACAGUUCUUUCACGUAAACCAAAAAUGUCAAGUUUUCUUGAAUGGAAAGAUCUGAAAGUAGUUUAUAAACGCUAUGCUAGCCUUUAUUUUUGUUGUGCCAUUGAACAAGAAGAUAAUGAAUUAUUAACACUUGAAACAAUUCAUCGUUAUGUUGAAUUACUUGAUAAAUAUUUUGGCAGUGUCUGUGAACUUGAUAUUAUAUUCAAUUUUGAAAAAGCUUAUUUCAUAUUUGAUGAAUUUAUAUUGGGUGGUGAAAUACAAGAAACAAGUAAAAAAAGUGUACUCAAAGCUAUUAAUGAUCAAGAUGUUAUUCAAGAGGAAGAACUUGAAGAAAAACGUAGUGUUCUGGAAGAUCUUGGCUUGGCUUAA